AUGGAUCAGCUAGGGAACAAACCUGAAUCGUUACACUUUGAAGACAAUAUAUUUCAUUUUGACUUGCAUCCCGCUAAUAACAUUGUCGUUACUGGAAUGAUCACCGGUCAAGUGCAAUGUCAUAAAUACGGUUUAGAGGAACAUGUGCAACUUUGGAAUGCAAAAAUUCAUAAAGAGUCUUGUAGAGGUGUUGCUUUCCAUACUGAUGGUUCACAUAUUUCUAGCAUUUCACAUGAUCGCACUAUUCAGCUUGUUGACGUGGAGACUGGAAAAGUUAUUCGAGUGAGGGAAGAAACGCACGAAUCGCCUCUCAAUUCAUUGUUAAUAAUAGAUCAAAAUAUGUUUGCAACAGGAGAUGAUCAAGGCGUUAUCAAGGUGGGUGGCGAUGGCUACUUAUCUACAUGGGAUAUUCGUAAACCAGAAGUUGCUGCUAUGUCAGAUCAAAUGGAAGAUGAACUAUUAUCAAUUGCACUUGUUAAAAAUGGUAAAAAGGCUGUGGUAGGCACACAAGAUGGUGUAUUAGCGCUAUGGAGCUGGGGCGACUGGGGUGAUUAUAAGGAUCGUAUCACAGGCCAUCCGAAUUCCAUAGAUGCUAUUUGUAAAUUGGACGAAGAUUCAAUUUGCACAGGAAGCAGUGAUGGUAUUAUACGACUGGUGACAAUCUUGCCAAAUGAGUUUCAUGGUGUCUUGGGAGACCAUGGAGAAGAUAUGCCUAUUGAAAAUCUGAAAUUGAGUCAUGAUAAACAAUAUUUGAUAUCUAGCGGACAUGAUGAUCAACUACAGUUUUGGAAUGUAGCUCAUCUAUUUCAGGAUGAAGAGGAACAGCUAGCUGCCUUAGAAGACGCACAGCAAGAUGCUUCUAAUGAUAACGAAAAAGUGGAUGCUGGUUCGGACGACUGGGCUACGGAUAGCGACGAUGAUGAUGAUAAGGAGAAAAAGCAGAAAAAGAGAAAGAAAACAGCCAAGAAGAUGAAGCCGGAAAAGAAAAGCAACAAUCGAAAAGCUGCAUUUUUCGCUGAUAUGUAA